ACCUUCUUUCUUUCUUUAUUUUUUGUUUGUUUGUUUGUUUUUUUGCAGUUAUACAGGUAUGAGUGUAGAUGUCUGACUUGAAUUAGGCUAUACGGUGCUAUCCUUCAAGACUGGCUACAAACUGUUAUAUGACAGAUGGAUGGGCAAUAGCAAUAAAGCACUAACAGUGCUGCUGUAAUGAUUUCUGUGGGCGCUCUGCAACUCACAAAUGACAAUAGAGUUUUCAGUGACCAAUAUCUGUCACUAGAUGGUGCCGCUACCCCAUAAAGGCGAAGCCUUCUGUGAAUUCAGGAAGUCGGCUGGAAUCAGAUCGCCACUGUAGCUAACAGCAGGUCUGUAAAAUGCAACAGACUUUAGCCAGUAUACAGCAACCUAGUCUUCUUGCACAGUGUAACUUAGAUGAUCAGAUUAGAAGAAUGGAUUAGAUUAUCGGAUAACUGAGUUGUAAAAUUCACAUCGGCGAACGUAAUAUGAUCACGUGCGUCACCUUGUCCACUGACUCCAAAGGUCCUUUUUAUUGCUUUAUUCUUUUGCUCAAUCAGCGUCUAUAUUCACUUCACAUUAGCCUCGGUUUUCACUAAAAUCACAGAGUCAUUGUAAACUAAAGCGUAUUAUAAGUAGGCCUAGUCUAAUCAAUUCAUAGACGAGCUAAACAUAUUAUAGCGCCUACAAAGUGCAGUUAGUCAGAUAGUUAGCUUGAUAUAGCCUGCAAUGAAUCCUAUCAUUCAUAGCGCCAAAGUAGUAGUAAUAGGGGCUGGAUUUGCGGGAAUUUCUGCUGCAGUCAGUUUAUUUGAGGCUGGAUUUGAACAUGUGCAGGUCCUGGAAGCCAUGGGAAGAGUAGGUGGUAGAGUGUACACAAUGAGACCAUUUGGUUCUGACAUCAUAGAGAUGGGGGCAAACUGGAUUCAUGGCCAGGAAGGGAACCCUCUCUUUGAGCUUGGUAAGGAGCAUGGGCUGCUGUCUGAGGGGCAUUCAGCCAGCACUAAAAUGUGCCUACCUGGAUCCAUAACCCCUUGUGACUACUUCUUCAAAGAGGAUGGGAGGUUGCUGCAGGCUGAGGACGUUGAGCAGGUGUGUGCUCUCUUUAGUCGACUGACCUCCAGGGCAUUCGACUCUGAACUGGAGGAGAGGCAUCGCUGCCUUAGCCUUGGGAAUUACCUUGACAACGCCUUUGCUGAGUCGCCUUUGGCAGCAACAGAGGAUGGCCUGAAGGUUUUCGAGUGGUGCAAGAGGUGCGAGUGUACGGACGAGGCAAGUUCUUCCCUUUACGAGGUGUCUGCCUCCCAGAUUGGGCACUAUGAGGCUCUGGAAGGAGGAUUUUUUAAUUCCCUUGGUCCAGGAGGGUAUCAAGCAUUUAUAGACAUCCUUUUAAGAAAGUUGCCGGCAGGGGUCAUUAUGACAAGUACCCCUGUGGCACACAUUGAGUGGGCGUUGAAUGAGAAUGACCAGGGCAAGAGGUCAACUCAUCCUGUACGAAUUGUUUGUGAACAGGGUCAGAGCUUUGAAGCAGACCAUGUAAUAGUGACAGUCUCAUUGGGGGUUCUGAAGCAGAAGGCUGCACUGAUGUUUCACCCCCCUCUCCCAGACUCCAAGAUGGCUGCCAUUGAUAGACUGGACAUUGGCACUGUAGACAAGAUCUAUCUCUGCUUCCCUGAGAGGUUUUGGCCAGAAGACUGUGCUGGGAUACAACUUGUAUGGGACAAUGGACCUGAGGAUGCCGCUGUCUACACUUCGGAGCUGGAGGGGGAUGCCUGGAAGGAGAACUGGUUUAAAAAAAUCUGUGGCUUUGACACGGUGUCUCGGCACCCGAAUGUUCUGUGUGGCUGGAUCACAGGCAGAGAGGCCCUUCAUAUGGAGACGCUGGACAAUGAACAAGUGGGAGAUGUUUGUGUGAGAUUACUCCGGUCCUUCACUGGCUGGCCUGUGCCUGUGUAUAAUGAUUCACUGCCAUUAUGGAAUUCCUUGAUGUUCUCUUUCAGCUAAUUCUAAAUAGUGCAUUACCUAAAAGGAGGAAGAAACUACAAACAGGAUAAUUGAUUUCAUUGUUUCUGGUUCAUCUCUCAAAUGCCAUUGGGUCAUUUGGAUUAUUGCAGAAAAAGAUGAGCACAUAGGCCUACAUAAAAUUGAUGCACGAGUGAAAUAGAUUUGUGUUAUUACUACACCAUUAAUAAUUUAUUCCAAUAACAGUUUGUAAUUUACCAAAAAACAUACAUGUACUGUAUAUCAUGGACAGUGUUCAAUAAAAUGUAUCUAUAUUUGUCAUCUCAACACACAUCUGUGUAGAUUCUUUCAUAACUGCUGUUUAUACU